UAAAGUGAGUUGUGAACGAGGAGACCAGUUGUUGUCGUCGCUGCCUCCACUCGCUUCACCUUUGUUGAAUAGAGUUUCCGUUUCUCAGCGUCGAUUUUGUCGCCUUUGGGCUCGCAUCCUCCCGAGGCGGCAAGGCCGAUGGCAUUCGUCGCGCCGCCUCCUUCGCCCUUCCUCGCCGUCGCCCUUCUCAUUCUCGGCGGCCUCACCACUGGCGAAGGAUGCUUCUCCGCCAUCUUCUGCUUCGGCGACUCCAUCACCGAUACCGGCAACGCCGUUCGCCUCGGUGGAGUGGGCGGUCCCGGUGGCGUCUCUCCGUAUGGACGUACCUUCUUCGGCCGCCCCACUGGCCGCUACACCGACGGCCGCGUCAUCCUCGACUUCAUUGCGCAGGGAUUUGGGUUGCCGCUGGUCCGGCCGUACCUUGAGGGAGGGGAUUUUCGCAAGGGGGCUAAUUUUGCGGUUGCGGGAGCCACCGCGCUCGACCUUGACUUUUUCAGUGCGAAGGGGAUUGAUGCUUCGUGGACUCGCAAGUCGUUGCGCGUGCAGAUUGAGGAGUUCAAACAAUUGCUGCCUUCGCUAUCCUCUGGAUUUAAUAGAACUUGGGGCAAAGACAUUCUUAGUUCCUGGAAAUUUUCCAAUUGGAUGUGUUCCAGCAUAUCUAGAUGUGUUUGAAAGCAAUAAUGCUGAGGAAUAUGACUCAGGAACAGGGUGUAUUAAGUGGUUGAAUGAGUUCUCUGAGUACCACAAUCACCUACUUCUGGAAGAGUUGGAACGGCUUCGAAAGCUUCACCCACAUGUUACCAUCAU